CCAUCAAAGAAAUUCCAAAUUUCUCGGAUUUUAUUUCUAAUUGUUUUUCUUACAAUCCCUAAAACCCUAGCCCUCUUUCACGCCACCUACUAACUAAGCUCAAGUUCAAGCUCCUCUGUUUCUGCUGCUUGUGGCUGAAAUUGUUUCAGACAGUGCUUUUGAUGACUCUGAAACAGCUGCAGACAAGCUUAAACGAAGCUGUAUCUACUGACUUUGAUGGUGAAAUAUCAAAAACCCUAAAUUAAAAAAAUAGAAUAAACACAACCUUUUUAAUUUUAUUUUUUCUUGUCUUUUGGUUUUUCCUCUGAGGGUUUUCAUCAUCAAUGCUUUCGAAGUACAGUGGGUGAACCAAAAAAAAAGAGAGUUAAACCCCACUUUUUUUUCCACUUCUUCUUCUUUAAGUCCCACAGAAAAAAAACCCUAAAGUUUAGAUUUUUAAAUUUGGGGGUAAACAAAAAAAAGCCCUAAUUUUUAUAUGGGGUUUGUAUUUUGAAAAGCUUAGGCAUGAGAUUGUUGGUGAGAUGUUUCCGAAAAUCGGAGAUGAUGAAAUGAUUGGAGAUCUGAUGAAGAAUAACAAUGGAGACGUCGUGGAUAACAACAACAACAACCGGUUAAGCCGGUGGCACCACAACUCUUCCCGGAUAAUUAGGGUUUCGAGAGCUUCCGGUGGCAAAGAUCGACACAGCAAAGUCUGGACUUCGAAAGGCCCACGUGACCGGCGUGUCCGGUUAUCAGUCUCCACCGCUCUUCAAUUUUACGACCUUCAAGACCGGUUAGGUUACGAUCAGCCCAGCAAAGCCGUGGAAUGGCUUAUCAAAGCGGCGGAAGAUUCAAUCUCCGAGCUUCCUUCGCUCAACAACACGAAUUUCCCGAUAACCGACGACGAGAAUCAGAACCAGACACUAACCGGUGCUGCGGCUAAUUCCUUGUCUAAAUCGGCUUGUAGUAGCAAUUCGGACACGAGCAAGAACUCUUCUGGGUUGUCUUUAUCGAGAUCGGAGCUCAGGGAUAAAGCUAGAGAGAGAGCUAGAGAGAGAACAGCGAAAGAGACCAAGGAGAGAGACCAUAAUACCAACAGUCACACUACCUCCUUUACCGAUCUGUUAAAUUCCGGUUCAGAUCCGGUUAACACAAACCGGCAAUGGAUGGCUCCUUCUUCAUCGCCUGCUCCUGCUCAAAUGGAGUAUUUCAGCUCGGGUUUAAUUCUCGGGUCGGGUCAAACCCAUUUCCCGAUUCAAACAAAUUCUCACCCUUUCUCAUCAAUCUCCGAUCAUCAUCAUCAUCAUCAUCCUCAUCAAGAGUUUUCCUUCGUUCCCGACCAUCUAAUUUCCCCGGCAGGAUCCAACGGCGGUGGAGCGUUCAAUCUCGACUUCAACAUGUCGACAUCCUCCGGCGCCGGAACCGCCGUGGCCUCCGCCGGGUUCAGUGGUUUCAACAGGGGGACCCUUCAGUCCAAUUCAACAAAUCAUCAUCAUCAUCAUAAUCAGUCAUUUCUCGCUAAUCUACAGAGGUUUCCAUCAUCAGAAGGUGGAGGUCCACAGUUCUUGUUCGGUGCACUGCCUGCAGAGAAUCACCACCCACACAACCACAAUCACCAGUUUCAGCUUUACUAUGAAAAUGGAUCCAGAAACUCAGACCAAAAGGGCAAAGGCAAGAACUGAUGAUAUUUACCAUUUGCAUCUUUUGUUAAGUUUCUUUAUUUAUUUUUGCUUUAUUCAUCCAAAAUGUCAAUCUUCUUCUUCUUCUUUUAUCUUCUGAUCAUCAUCCUUAAUGUGUGUUAAAUUUGUUUACUUUUUUUUUUUCGAGUUUCUAAUUUGGAAAUCUUUUCGAAGGGUUUGUAAUGUUGUAUUCUGAUAAGAAAAUAUCAUUUUGUUUGU